CGCAGUAGGACCAAAGCAAGACUGGUGCUGGGGGCUGCCAGCGUAGGGAGCUGGGGAUUGUUGGUGCUGGGAGGAGAGGACAAUCCCCUAAAGGAAAAGCAGGCCAAGAAGUGCCAGGUUUGAGAAGGAGGGUGCCCAAGAAAGGCAAUGGCCCCUUGUUUUCUGAGCUGGGAUGUUGACCAGACACUUAUGGGAAAAGGUCACUGCUGGACACCUGGAUCGGGUCUGUCAUGUCCAGAAGAAGCGGCUGUUUUGCCACCCGCCUGGCCUUCCACCAUCUGCGUGCCCUGACAGUGCCAUCCCACAGGCCAUGGAGAAUGAGCUGCCUGUCCCACCUACAUCUAGCAGUGCCAGUGUCUCCAGCAAUAGCAGCGGGGUUGGUAGCGGCGGCAGCUGCAGCAACAGCAACAGCAGUGUGGGGAGCAGCCGCGCCCCGGGCCCCCAGAUCUCUGUGUACAGCGGCAUUCCUGACCGGCAGACGGUGCAGGUGAUCCAGCAGGCCCUGCAGCGGCAGCCCAGCACGGCGGCACAGUACCUGCAGCAGAUGUACGCGGCCCAGCAGCAGCACCUCAUGCUGCAGACCGCUGCGCUGCAGCAGCAGCACCUGAGCAGCGCCCAGCUCCAGAGCCUGGCGGCCGUGCAGCAGGCAAGCCUGGUGGCCAACAGACAAGGGAGCGCCUCAGGCGGCAGUGUGUCUGCGCAGACCCCAGCCCCGGCGACCUCGAUCAACCUGGCGGCCUCCCCUGCAGCAGCACAGCUCAUCAACCGGGCCCAGAGCGUCAACUCAGCCACGGCCUCAGGCAUCGCCCAGCAGGCUGUGCUCUUGGGCAACGCCUCGUCCCCAGCCCUGACUGCAAGCCAAGCCCAGAUGUACCUGAGGGCACAGAUGCUCAUCUUCACGCCCACGGCCACCGUCGCUACCGUGCAGCCUGAGCUCGGCACUGGCUCCCCCGCCCGGCCCCCCACCCCCGCCCAGGUACAGAACUUGACCCUCCGAACACAGCAGACACCAGCGGCAGCAGCCUCGGGCCCUCCCCCUACUCAGCCUGUCCUGCCCAGCUUGGCCCUGAAACCCACGCCGGGCACUAGCCAGCCUCUGCCUGCCCCGUCACAGGGCAGAAACACUGCUCAGGGUUCCCCCGCAGGUGCCAAGCCUGGCAUGACCGACAGUGUGACGGAGCCACUCAAGAAAGGAGAGAGCAGCAGCAGUGUGCCAGGGAGCGUGGAGGGCCGGGCUGGGCUCAGCCGGAUGGUGCCGGCCGUGGCCGCCCACCCCCUCAUCGCACCAGGUGAGAAAACUGAAGCUCAGGAAGGUUGCCCAGUGACUUACUACCUGUGUCCCUCAAGGCCACCCUAUGCUCAACUCCAGCCUCACCAGCUCCUCACACAGCCGUCCUCAAAGCACCUGCAGCCCCAGUUUGUGAUCCAGCAGCAGCCACAGCAGCCACAGCCACCACUCCAGCAGUCACGGCCGGCACCCCAAGCCCAGGCCCACCCCCAGCUUCCCUCAGUCGCUCCGAGCUCAGCCCUGCAGCCCAGCUCUGAAGCCCACGCCAUGCCGCUAGGCCCGGUUGCGUCCACCCUACCCCUCCAGUGCCCCACUGCCAGUCUGCACAAGCCUGGCAGCUCUCAGCAGUGUCACCCUCCUGCACCAGACACUGGGCCUCACAAUGGCUAUGCCGAGGGCCUGUCCCACGCCCCCCAGCGCAGGUUCCAGCAUGCCUCAGCUGUCAUCCUACAACUGCAGCCUGCCUCUCCAGUGCCCCAGCCGUGUACCCCAGAGGACUGGAAGGAAGUGGUACCUGGCAACAAGGGGGUGCCUGAGACACGGAGUGGCCCCUCACCACAUCAGCAGGCCAUCAUCACUGCCAUGCCUGGAGGCCUGCCUGUAGCCAAGAGCCCUAACAUUCAGCAGCCCCCCGCUCACGAGACAGGGCAGGGCAUUGUUCAUGCACUGACCGACCUCAGCAGCCCCGGCAUGACCUCAGGGAACGGAAACUCUGCCUCCAGCAUCACCGGCACUGCCCCCCAGAAUGGUGAGAAUAAACCACCACAGGCCAUUGUGAAACCCCAAAUCCUGACGCAUGUUAUCGAAGGGUUUGUGAUCCAGGAGGGGGCGGAGCCUUUCCCGGUGGGACGCUCGUCCCUGCUGGUGGGGAAUCUCAAGAAGAAGUAUGCACAGGGGUUCUUGCCUGAGAAACUUCCACAGCAGGAUCAUACUACCACCACUGACUCCGAGAUGGAGGAGCCCUAUCUCCAAGAAUCCAAAGAGGAGGGUACUCCCCUCAAACUCAAGUGUGAGCUCUGUGGCCGGGUGGACUUUGCCUACAAGUUCAAGCGUUCCAAGCGCUUCUGUUCCAUGGCAUGUGCAAAGAGGUACAAUGUGGGAUGCACCAAGCGAGUGGGCCUCUUCCACUCAGACCGAAGCAAACUGCAGAAGGCAGGAGCCGCAACCCACAACCGCCGUCGGGCCAGCAAAGCCAGUCUCCCAACGCUCACCAAGGACACCAAGAAGCAGCCAACAGGCGCUGUACCCCUCUCAGUCACUGCUGCCCUGCAGCUGACGCACAGCCAGGAGGACUCCAGCCGUUGCUCAGAUAACUCAAGCUACGAGGAACCAUUGUCACCCAUCUCAGCCAGUUCAUCCACCUCUCGCCGGCGGCAAGGCCAGCGGGACCUGGAGCUCCCCGACAUGCACAUGCGGGACCUGGUGGGCAUGGGGCACCACUUCCUGCCGAGUGAGCCCACCAAGUGGAACGUUGAAGACGUCUAUGAAUUCAUUCGCUCUCUGCCAGGCUGCCAGGAGAUAGCAGAGGAAUUUCGUGCCCAGGAAAUUGAUGGGCAAGCUCUGCUGCUGCUCAAGGAGGACCACCUGAUGAGCGCCAUGAACAUCAAGCUGGGGCCGGCCCUGAAGAUCUACGCCCGCAUCAGCAUGCUCAAGGACCCCUAGGCUGCCGCGCAGCCUGGCCCAGGCUCCUCCUCCCGACUGGGCAGAGCCAAACAGACGUUCCUGAGGGCCCAGAAACGGGGCCAGUGGAGGGAAGAGGCUCUCCUAUGGGGCAUGCUGGUGGGGAGGUCUUGACACCUCCUCAAUGGCUCUCAGGGGCCUCUCUCUCUGUGGGAGGGGCAGAGAGGCAGGUGGCACAGAAGAUGGGGCUUUAUGCUUGUAAAUAUUGAUAGCACUGGCUUCCUCCAAAGUCCCAAUACUCUAGCCCCGCUCUCUUUCCCUCCCUCUGUCCCCCAUUUUCCAGGGGGUAUAUGGUCAGGGCUCCCCAACCUGAGUUGGGGCACUUCCCAGGGCAGCCAUCAGGCCUACAUAGAGGCCUUGGAUGCCCUUGCCUGCCUUCCUCCCACUUCUUUCUCCAGGCCUGGCUGACUCUUCCGUUGCCAGCUUCUCCCCCUUCAGCCUGUUUCUGAAGCAGCCAGGGGAUCUCCCCCAUCAUCCUCUGCAGGUGGAGAGAGAGAAGCUGGGCCCAGUUUGGCCAGGCCUGCUGGCACAGACGCCUUAACGCUGUGUGUAUGACUGUAUGACUGUGUGGGAGCCUGGACUGACAGAUAGGCCCAGAGCCCCCCCUCUGGCAUUUCCAGGUGUUUUGUAGCAAACAGCCACUUAGUGCUUUGUCCUGGACUCCACUCAGCCUCAGGAUGGGGAAUAGAAAAGACGGGCAGCUUCAGUGCAGAGGCGAGAUCAGAGGUGAGGAUUAGAUGUUCCUUUCCAGACUUGACAAGUGUCUCCAAAGCCCCUUACCUGCACCGUGAAGCACCAGCUGUCCUGCUGUGUCACAGACCGCAUUAAAGAACACGCCGGUGGGCGGGGGCACAGCCAACAGGCCUGUCCUCAAGAGCCCGCACUCGUGCCCAGGGAACAUCUGAGGGGAGACAAGAGCUGGAGUGACCACUGAUGAGAAGAGGCAGCCUCUGGCCUCCUGCUCCCACACUUUGCCUCUCGAACUUGCUAGCAGUGAUUUGAGCUCCCUGUGGAGCGGCAGGGCAGGAAAGGCGAGGGCCUGCCUCCGCCGCGCCCUGCCCUUGCGGGCCCCGGGCUCUGCCUAGAAGAGGGUGGGCGCCCUGCUCGGCUUGUUCUGCCCCACUCACACCCCUGGCAGGGUUGGAAAUGAAGGACUUUUUUAACCUUUUGUUUUUGUUUUUUCAAAAUAAACCAGUAAAAUCUGUU